GAGUUUGCGUGCUGCGGUAGACGAAUGACUUGGAAUUCUUGGUCUUUUGUGGCGGCGUAUGUCCAUAUUUACGGUCAAAAGCAAAAACACACACAAAAAACGGAAAUUCAACUAUUUUUGUAAAAGGAAAAUAACCAAUAGUUGAACAAGUAUUUGGUACUACGGAAGCCCGGUAGUGGUCAGCAGAACCCGGAAGUAGCGGGUUCUCAACAAGGACGUGGUUACGCUACACGCAUUCUAGUGUCGAACUUGUAAGUUUUUGAACACUAAGCAGUCUUCUGCUAUGCAUUUUGUAUGGAAAUGUUAGCCUUGGGAAGACGACAGCGCGUUUGGGCGACACGUUAGCGCAACGUGACUGGUGUCGUUAACAACCGUGUAGAGUUUGUGUGUGCGUGAAGGGCAUGGCCGGGCGGGUGGUGCUCGGCGCUCUCCGGACCAUGCGACCCAUGAAUCGGGUGUGGAGGAGUCCACCUGUUCGGGGUGUGCACCUCAGCCCCGCCAUGUGCGCGGGUCACAACAAGUGGUCCAAAGUGAAACACAUUAAAGGACCUAAAGAUGAGGCGAGGGGGCGUAUGAUUGCCAAGUUUGUCAUGAUGAUAAAGAUUGCUGUGAAAGAGGGUGGAUCCAAUCCAGACAUGAACAUCAAUUUAGCCCAACUCCUGGAGCAGUGCAGAAACAAGAACAUACCAAAAGCAUCCAUCGAGACCGCAAUCAAGAAUGCGGAAAAGGCCAAGCCGGCGUCGCGGCACAUGUUUGAAGCUCGGGGACCUGGUGGAUGCCUUCUGCUCAUUGAAGUCCUGACCGAUAACAGCGGACGCAGCCAGCAGGACGUCCGGCGCGUCCUCAGUAAAAACGGGGGGAUGUUGUCAGAGGGCGCCCGCCAUAACUUCACCAGAAGGGGUGUGGUGGUCGUGCCGGGUCAGAGCGUCACAUCCGAGCGAGCGCUGGAGCUGGCCAUCGAGUCCGGAGCGGAGGACGUCGCGGAGACGGAGGACGAGGACGACGAUGCGCCCCUCCUGCAGUUUAUUUGUGACAACGCGGACAUGUGGAAGGUACGGACAUCCCUGGAGCAGCUUGGGAUGAAGGUGACGUCGGCCGGCUCCGAGUUUGUCCCUCGCACCCUGUUGCCUCUGGACCAGGAGCAGCUGGAGGCGGCUUACGUGCUCAUCGAAGCCCUCAGUGACUGCCCGGACGUGCUUCGCAUCUGGGACAACAUCCAGGCUCAGAGCUGAGAGGAUUUCUGGACACUGUGGACACUUCUGGAUAUUGAUCGUGUGUAAUACCUGAACACAGAGAGGUCAAGAGCCGCUUUCCUGGAAAUAAAGCCCAUUAAACAGUCGAACGGCAACCUUGAACAACUUUCUCUUGGAAAAGCUGCCAUUGUGACUCCUCGUGCGAGAACAUGAACAACACACAGACCAUGUAUGAACCUGCAAGAACAUGUGAGCCACUGAGAACUAGAGUGGCCUAAUGGAGUUAGUCCACUCUAGUUCUCAGUGGCUCAUUUGAUCCAGCUUAUCAUUUAACUCUGCGGGGGGAAAAAACAUAAAACCUCAGAGAAACUGAUAUUAAAAGCCCUAUUUAACAUUCAACCGGAAAAUGCGCUUAUUACAUAAACAUUUGUUCUCUCAUUGCAUCAUAUUUUUAAAUAUGUUCUGUAUGGGCCUCAGUGUGGCAUAAAUAAUAUUUUGUUGAUGUGAUGGUUCAGUUCCAGGGGUUAACUGAUGUAAGACGUGCCACCUGUAACCUGCUAACACUGAAAAGAAUUGCACAGUCAUACUGUACAGUUAAGCGAAGGGCUGGAAAUUUUGAGGAAUUGACACCGCAACCUAAAAAGGUUUAUCAUUUCUUAUAGAGGCCACAAAAUGGUAGCAAAGCACUCUUUAGUCAUGGCCUGAUUAAGUGGAGCACCUCCCCUCACUUCAACAUAGUUCCUUGGCACCAAGAUGACACAAAAUCGUGCCAAAGCAAUAUCUUUUUUAUUAGACAUGGCUUUGGCUAAUGAGUGUUUGGCUGAAUAACAGAGGAACUGUUCCAAAAGAAAAAUGCAUUGGAACACUAUCAGGACCCACACCAAAAACGCCACAAAAUGCUCGAACAACUUUCCAUGUAGCCAUUUGUCAAUAUAUUCAAUAUUCUUUCUUUUCAGCUUAAGGUCUCGGUUAGUACGCUCUUUGUUCUCACUAGUAGGACAACUACAAUAACCUCUUGAAAAUGCAUCACUAAAAAUGACUGAAGGUCAAAACUGAAGGACCGAUGUCAUUCGCAGGUCAUUUCCCACUCACAUAUUUGUACUGGCAACACUGCAGUCAAUAAGAUGACACAUUAGCAGUAUGCGUGCAACAUAUUGAGCACUUUACUGUAUGUGCGUUAUGGGGCCUUCCAGAAUUGGAGGACAUUUUCUUUCCCCCUUCAUAAAAUUUCAAAUAAUCCAUGCACAAAAUACAGAAAAAUGGACUUGUGUAAAUUAGCGUUGUCCUAAGACAAAAUGAAGCUGUAGUAAAAGGGAUUUCUUUAUAUUUUUUAAAAUACCAAGCUCUUGAGCACCCUCUACAUUUUUUUUUCCUCAUCCUUCCCUCUUUACAUGUUAAAUGUGCGUUACAGAUAAAAUGAGUCUUAAAUCA